AUGGGGCUGCAAGGAGAAGAUACAGAGCGGACUGAAAAUGGUGUGGUGUCAGUAAAGCCCGAACCCAGUAAAGGGCUCACUUCCAAGGUUAUAGACUGGUUGGAAUGGCUGUUUGUGAAGCUUAUGCACGACUCCAAACAGCCUCUCCAUUAUCUUUCUGGGAAUUUUGCUCCAGUUGAGGAGACUCCUCCUCUUAAAGACCUUCCUGUCAUUGGGCACCUCCCUGAGUGUCUGAAUGGUGAAUUUGUGAGGGUUGGUCCUAACCCCAAGUUUUCUCCAAUUGCAGGAUUUCAUUGGUUCGAUGGAGAUGGAAUGAUUCAUGGUAUGCGCAUAAAAGAUGGAAAAGCAACAUAUGUCUCGCGUUAUGUGAAGACAUCUCGCUUUAAACAAGAAGAGGUUUUUGGCAGAGCUAUGUUUAUGAAGUUUGGAGACCUGAAAGGGAUGUUUGGAUUGCUCAUGGUUAACAUGCAAAUGCUCAGGGCAAAACUGAAAGUAUUAGAUAUGUCCUACGGGAAUGGUACAGCUAAUACAGCUCUAGUAUAUCACCAUGGAAAGCUUUUGGCACUUAGCGAGGUAGAUAAACCAUAUGCAAUUAAAGUUUUGGAAGAUGGAGAUCUGCAAACUAUCGGCUUGCUGGACUAUGAUAAAAGACUGGCACAUUCAUUUACUGCUCAUCCUAAGGUUGACCCAUUCACCGGAGAAAUGUUUACCUUUGGCUAUUCACAUACACCACCAUAUGUAACAUACAGAGUUGUAUCGAAGGAUGGAGCGAUGAAUGAUCCAGUUCCAAUAACAAUAUCAGGCCCAAUCAUGAUGCAUGAUUUUGCGAUUACUGAAAACUAUGCAAUUUUUAUGGACCUCCCUUUAUACUUUAAGCCAAAGGAAAUGGUGAAGGAUAAAAAGUUUAUUUUCAGCUUUGAUGCUACCCAGAAAGCUCAUUUUGGCAUCCUUCCGCGGUAUGCAAAAAAUGAACUCCUAAUCAAAUGGUUUGAGCUUCCAAAUUGCUUCAUAUUCCAUAAUGCAAAUGCUUGGGAGGAAGGCGAUGAAGUUGUUCUAAUCACUUGUCGCGUUGAGAAUCCAGAUCUUGACAUGGUUAAUGGCGCUAUUAAAGAAAAGCUUGUGAAUUUCAAAGUUGAACUGUAUGAGAUGAGGUUCAACCUCAAAAAUGGUCUGGCUUCACAGAAAAAAUUAUCUGUAUCCGCCGUAGAUUUUCCAAGGGUGAACGAAAAUUAUACUACUAGGAAACAACGAUACGUAUAUGGAACAACACUAGACAAGAUUGCUAAGGUAACUGGGAUUAUCAAGUUUGAUUUGCACGCGGAACCAGAGACUGGAAAAGAAAAUCUUGAAGUUGGAGGAAAUGUCGAAGGUAUCUUUGAUCUGGGACCUGGACGAUUUGGUUCAGAGGCUGUCUUUGUUCCCCGGCAUCCUGGUACCACAUCCGAAGAAGACGAUGGCUACUUGAUUUUCUUUGUACAUGAUGAGAACACAGGAAAGUCAACAGUGAAUGUAAUUGAUGCAAAAACGAUGUCACCUGAUCCUGUUGCCAUUGUCGAACUGCCCAAAAGAGUUCCAUACGGAUUCCAUGCUUUCUUUGUGACAGAGGACCAACUUCAAGAACAGGCAAACCUUUUAUAA